AUGUCAGCCAAUGGGAGCUCGGAGACACGCUUCAGGUCAGAGGUCAACAGCACCUGCUGCCACAAGGAGCUGUCCGUCACAGCUUCGGUUAUCUCCAUGACUGUGGGCAUCUGCUCCAACGGUGCUGCCCUCUURAUCCUGCUCAAAUCCUACCGGCGCCUUCGAAUCAAGUCCCGGGCCUUCUUCCUGCUGUUUGCCAGCAGCUUGGUGGUCACUGARCUGCUGGGUCACCUCGUCAACGGCUCCCUGGUACUUUACGUCUACCACUUCCAGAGGAAGUGGGAGACCUUUGACCCUCACGGCGUCGUGUGCAGCAUCUUCGGGGCGUGCAUGGUGUUCUACGGCCUGAGCCCCUUGUUCCUGUCGAGCGCCAUGGCCGUGGAGCGCUUCAUCGGCGUCACCAAGCCCAUCUUCCACUCCACGGUGCUGUCCUCCCGCCUCAUCCGGAGGCUGCUGGGGCUCACCUGGCUGCUGGCUGCCCUGGUUGCUCUGCUGCCCGUGCUGCUGCAGAGGCCCUACGAGGUCCAYAGCUCCAGGAGCUGGUGUUUCUUUCACAUGGAGCAGCCCAAAGACUGGCUGGAUGUGCUGCUGCCACUGGUCUUCUCAGUYCUGGGGCUCAUGGCGCUGCUGCUCUCCAUCGUGUGCAACACGCUUGCGAGCGGCGCUCUGCUGCUGGGGAGGCUGCGCAGCAAGCAGCGCUGCAGAGGCACCUCCUACCAUGUGGAGAUGAUCUGCCAGCUGCUGGCCAUCAUGCUGGUGUCCUGCGUGUGCUGGGGCCCGUUACUGGUCAAUGUCAUCAUUCUCAGUGUCGGAGUCAAAGGAGAGUCCACAUGUUUUCGUCUGCUGACACUGAUACGGAUGGCCACGUGGAACCAGAUCCUGGACCCCUGGGUCUACAUCCUCCUGAGGAAGGCUGUCCUGAGGAAAAUCUUCAUGUUGUUUCACAACUGCUGUGACUCGAAGCUCCACAGCUUUCACCACUGGCAGCGCAGCYUGCUUGGCAGCUCGGUGGAGACCAGCUGCCACCAUGGUCAAAUACCUCCACCCGAAACCACCAUCAAAUCCAUCACCUGA